ACAAAAAUGUCUGUCUCGGACGGUACCUACAAACUUGUGAGCCAUGUUAUCUUCGACAUGGAUGGAUUAUUAUUAGACACAGAGCGACUUUACACUGUGUCCUUCCAGGAAAUAUGUGGCCGGUUUGGAAAGCAGUACACAUGGGAUGUGAAGGCAUCAGUCAUGGGCAAAAAGGCUUUGGAUGCUGCCCAAAUUAUUAGGGACACCCUGGAACUUCCCAUGACAGCUGAGGAACUCCUGACUGAAAGUAGAGAAAUACAAGAAAGGAUAUUUCCUUCUGCCAAGCUCAUGCCAGGCGUACAUGACCUCGUGCAUCAUCUGCGGAAGCACAACAUCCCCAUCGCAGUGGCAACCAGCUCAGCCGGUGUGACAUUCCAGCUGAAGACAAGCCGACACAAGGACUUUUUUAGUCUGUUCAACCACAUUGUUCUGGGUGAUGAUCCUCAGGUGAAGAACAGCAAACCUCAGCCCGACUCCUUCCUGAUCUGUGCCAGCAGAUUCAACCCUCCUGCUUCUCCGGAAAAAUGCUUGGUGUUUGAAGAUGCUCCCAAUGGUGUAAAGGCAGCGCUAGCUGCGGGGAUGCAGGUGGUGAUGAUUCCUGAUGAUAACCUGGACCCUAGCCUUGCUCGGGUGGCCACGCUGCGACUUCGGAGCAUGGAGGAGUUUGAGCCACAGCUUUUUGGCCUGCCAGCAUUUAACUGAUUCUAUUCUUACUCUUCAGAGGGAACUGUAAUGAUUGAGUCUGAAAAACAAGUUGAUGGUUUUUCCUUUAUGCCUUACCAUAUUCUUUGAUUAGUGAUAUUUUCAGUUAUUGUCAUUGAAUUGUUUUAUAUCACAUGGGAGAUCACUGAACAAAGUCUUUAGGCUGUUAGUCCUCAAGCCAUUAUUAGCAACUAGGUUUUUAAAACGCUUUUUGAUGUGUCACACAUGCUUUUUCAGUCAACUCUAGGGGUGUCCGGAUAUUUACAAGUUCAGGUUUGAAGAUAUUGAAGAUAUAUAUGAAGAUGAACAUGGACACACCCAAACACCACUUGUGCCAAUACAUCUUGAUCAGAUGCUGUCUAAAAAGUUGCACUUGCAGUUGAAUUUUUCUAAUAUUUUUGAUGUUGUAUCAGAGGCUUGAGGCAGUGAUUUAGAAAGUAGACAAAACUGAAACAUCUGCAUGACUAUGAGCACUGGGAGCUUAUGGAAAAGCAUCUUUCUGUAAUUUUUGAGUGACUGAUUACUAUAUAGGUAUACUAAAUAUUUAGCAAGUCUAGUUUGUAGAUCAUCUAAAAUACUCAACAUUUGUUUACAUUUGCCCUUUGCCUUUGUUAGAUUGCAUGUAUGAAUUAAUGUGCUAUUUUUUUCUAAUAAAAUGUAAUAAAAAAUAAAGAAAAUCAAUUGUAAUCAAGAUAAGUGGAAAAAAUCAAAUUUACAAAUGAAGCAAGAUUUUUCACAACUGCUGAUUUUUAUUUGAACCUCAGAAAUUUAACACAUUCAGGACAGUUUACGCAGCUGAA